AAGAGAGAGAGAGAGAGUGCGAGAGAGCGCGCGUACCGUGCAACAACAUUGCCUGCCUGUGAUCCGUAUAGCAAUUGGUGAGGAUCGGAUCAGUAGUCGGGCCAAAAACACUUGUGCAUUACUUGUAUCUCGUAUCUGAAGCUGUAUCUCAAUUUGUAUCUGUAUCUGUAUCUGGUGCACAGUUCUUUUGUUAUUGUUCCUUGCUUGUGAUGAAAUUUCGUGAAAUACGUGUGUAGCCCAGACGCAACAACGAGCAAGAACAUUUUGACAGCGAGGCUGUAGACCCACAAGGGGCAGGGGCAGGGUGUAGUGCGUGGUGAUAUAUUAUUGAUUUCGCAUCGACACCCAAACAUAUUCUGGCUGAAUCAUCAGUUCGCAUCGCGAACCAAGCAACAUACAUAUAUUCAACCCAUUGGACCGGCGCCGCUUGAGCACGCUUCAGUUAACCUCCCGCAGAGGGGUCUCUCACGGAUUCGCUUCCUGAUCCACAGCACUCGUUACUGCCAGGACGCAGACAUGAGGAAGGCGACGCCCAUACCCGAGGAACUGUACAAUCUCACCCAGCUGGCCGAUGUGACACUGGCGGCCGGACCGCUCAGCGCACCAGCCAAAACUGCGGCGUACAGCAAGCCAAUGCCCAGCAGCAACAACAACAACAACAACAUUAGCAGCAGCAGCAGCAGCAGCAUAUUCUAUGCCUCAUCCGACGAUGACUCCACCUACAACUCGUACAGCCACAAGGUGUUCGAUCGCAGGAAACUGCGUCGCUGCACCAUCUCCGACUCGAAUUCCUGCGCCAGCAUCACCAGCACCAGCAGCUGCCAGUCCAGCGAGCAGUCGCCCAACCAGGCCACGCCCUGCAGCAGCAACAGCAGCACCGCCAGCAAUUUGCUCGAAGAUGAGCACAUUUGCCCCGAAUGCGGCAAGAAGUAUUCCACAUCCUCCAAUCUGGCGCGCCAUAGACAAACCCACAGGUCAAUUAUGGACAAGAAGGCGCGACAUUGUCCCUACUGCGAAAAGGUGUACGUGUCGAUGCCGGCCUUCUCGAUGCAUGUGCGCACCCAUAACCAGGGCUGCGAGUGCCAGUAUUGCGGCAAGUGCUUCUCGCGGCCCUGGCUGCUGCAGGGCCACAUACGCACCCAUACGGGCGAGAAGCCCUUCAAGUGCAGCGUCUGCAGCAAGGCCUUUGCGGACAAAUCGAAUCUGCGCGCCCACAUACAAACCCAUUCGAACACCAAGCCGCACACCUGCGCCCGCUGCGGCAAGGCCUUUGCCCUCAAGUCGUAUCUGUACAAGCACGAGGAGUCCUCCUGCAUGAAGAAUCGCGGCGAGGCGGCGCCGCGUGCCGCCCAGCUGCUCUCCAUGUCCAAGCAGCAGCCGGAACUGGAGGCGACAGCAACAACAACGACAACAAGCACAUCUCUGCCGGAUUCGGCCAAGUCAACGCUGGCGCACAAGCUGCUGCAGAAGGAGAAGGAACGCAGACAAGCUCAGGCCCAAGCUCAAGCUCAAGCUCAGGCACAGGCGCAGGCUGCGCUGGCCUAUGGCUAUCCGGCAGCUGCUGGGCAUGCGGAGGCAUUUGCCGCCCAACUGGAGCACUACGAGAGCUACAAGCGCAGUGGCAUGCUCCAACCGACAACCGUGCUGCAGCAUCCCGGAGCGCUGUACCAGGAGCAGCUGCUGCCACUGCCGCUGCCGCUGCCGCUGCCUCUGGGUCUGCCCUAUCAGCACUAUGGACAUGCCGGAGCACAGUCGGCUGGCAGCGAGGCGGCGGCGGCGGCGGAUCAGGAGCAGCCCGUUGACUUUUCGCCCAAGAACAAUUUUACGCAUUCGGCCAAGACGAGUCCCUUCGAGCUGACGGGCAACUAUGCGAUGGUCGCCUAGACAAGCUCAGCCUGCCAGCUGAUUGUAAAAAGACAAGCGAGAGAGAGAUUUACAGAAUUUUGAAAAAAAAAAAACAAAACAAACAAAACAAAACCAAAUAUUAACAAGAAAACAAACCAAAAACAAUAACAAAAGAGAAAAAACCCAUUUUGCAUUCGAUUUUUAGGAGCUUAUUGUAGUAAACAAAUAUGUGAUAAAUAUGAGAAAAGAGCUAAAGUACCGUUAGAGAGUAGUCGAUUCCAAAAAAAAAAUAAUAAUAAUUACAUCAGUUGACAGAACUUAAUUAAUCGAUCGAUCUACACUUAGUUGUAACGAGGAUUUAGAGACUUGCAGAAAAAACAUGUAACCAGUAUUUUUUUCUUUUAGACCACAUUAUAUAUAUAUAUAUAUAGGGAGAGACAACAUAUAUAUAUAUGCGAUUUAUAUACACUGUAUGAUUUAAUUGAGUCGCUGAUUUUAGAAUUUACACACAUAUUUAGUAAAUACAUAUAUAUUAUUUACCAAAUACGAAAAUACGUUUAAAAAAAGAAAAGGAAGAAGAAUUCUUUUGUUUAAGGCAUUGCGAUUUCCUGCAUCAGCACGGAAGUCCAAGAACGAGCGAAUCUCUAGUCUUGUAUCUUUAAAAUGCAGCGUGUGCCGAACGCACUGACCCCCGCCCACGCCUCCUCCGCCGCCCCCCUCAAGCGACACACGGGGUGGUGGUGGAGGUCGCGGGGUCGGUGCGGUAUUCGAUGCAUGUGUCGCGUUAUUUUUAAGCACUUUACGGCCGCAUGUGGUGCAAUAAUAAUUGACAUAACACUAAUUAGCCUCUACACACAAAAACUUUACACACAUAUAAAUA